AUCAGCUAGGCAGGCAGCAGCAGCCAGCUCUCAACCACAGGAAAGCUGCCCGCGGAGUGGGAGGUCUUCCCAUUAUCGUGAGCCUGGGGUCUGGUAGGCUCUGGGGCCCAUGAGAACAGAGCGCCACCCUUCAUUUGCUGGGGAUUCACUGCUCUAAAGCGCAGUCAACUGCAGGACAGAAGCGGACUGAAAUCGGACCGCUGCACAGGGCCACCUGUCUACCGAUCGGCCGCUGAGAGAGGCAGCUUGACCUGACGCGCCGCUUGGAGGAUCGGAGGGAGUCGAGCUCCGGACCACCACUGCCACCUCGGCAGCCGCGAGCCAACAGCCGCCAUCGCCUUGGGCCUCCCCACCCGUCACCACCAUGGCUGAGAACGAGUCUGCCUCCACGCCUUACACCGAAGAUGAUUUCUACUGUCCUAUCUGUCAAGAAGUCUUCAAGACACCGGUUCGGGUCACCGCUUGUCAGCACGUCUUCUGCAGGAAAUGUUUCCUGACUGCAAUGAAGGAGAGCCGGCACCAUUGCCCCCUGUGCCGUGGAAGUGUGACUAGAAGAGAAAGAGCGUGCCCAGAGAGGGCCCUGGACCUUGAGACAAUCAUGAGAAGUUUUCCUGGUAAUUGCCGGAGCUGUUCUGAACGCAUUGAACUCUAUCGCAUGAGACAGCAUUACAAAACUUGCGAAAAGUACCAAGAUGAGUUCGGGACUUCUUCAACUGUUGCAAGCUUUCAAGUGUCUCCUGAGCCCGUGGGCAACAGCAACGGUGAGGCGUCCACUUCAGAAAAUGCCGAGGCUUAUCAAGAAGAAGAAAACGUAAGCCCACCUGAUCAGCCUACCUUUCAUUGUCCUCUGUGUGAAGAAGUAAACAUGACCAGACAGAGUUUGCUGGAUCACUGCAACAGCCGCCACAGAGCUCAUAUUGUUCCCGUCAUUUGCCCGAUUUGCCUCUCUCUUCCAUGGGGCAACCCUACUCAACUUACCAGAAAUUUCGUCAGUCAUCUAAACCAGAGGCAUCAGUUUGAUUAUGGAGAUUUCGUGAAUCUUCAACUGGAUGAGGAAACUCAGUUCCAGAUUGCUAUUGAGGAGUCUUUCAACGUCUAGAGAGACUCUCUUCUACAAUUGCUCCUAAGGGACAAUUUACAUGAAAUCAUCCUUUCAAUAACUUGAUGUGAUUUAAA